GGUACAUAGCCUGUUGAUAAAGAUAGAUUGCAGGGUGUCAGCGGGGUCUUAAAAAGUAUUAAAAUGUAAUAAAUCAAUUUUGGGAAAAUUAAGGCCAUUAAAAAGUAUUAAAAAAUCUUAAUCAACAUUUGGCAAGGUAUUAAAUUUUGUAGAUAUUUUUUUCAAUGUGAAAAUCCAUUUUGUCCAAAGAUUUUGUAUGCAAACGUGGUGAAUGUAUUUAUUUAUAUUGCGUAACCAAAAAUACUAGAUGCAGAGCUCUGAUGGACCUACUAAAUUGACGUCAUAUAAAAUGGACAAACAUUUCGUGCGCUCACGGACGCACUGGUGGCUUGUGGUCUGAAGACGCUGUGCUAAGAAGCUAACAAUCAAAAAUGGGGAAAUGCAAGUUUUCGGAUGUGUUGGAGGACUCAGACUUUAAACCGUGGCUACGUCUCAUCACGGGAAUGAUCCGCAGGCGUGUUGUUCGGUCUGUAAGAAAGCUGUAAGUGUUAGCUCAAUGGGUAUCAAUGGUAUUCGGUCCCAUAUGCACAGUACUAGCCACAAAUCGGCUUUAGGACGUACAUCAUCAGAUUUGGAUUAGCACCAUACUUCAAACAACAGCUUGUUGAUAGUGUCAACAAGGCUGGACCGUUCGUAUUGAUGUUUGAUGAGAGCCUCAAUCAAUGCACAAAGAAAAAACCGCUCGACGUACAUGUUCGAUUUUGGGAGGAUGGCUGUCAGAUCCAGGUACCUGGGAUCUCAAUUCUUGGGACAUGGAAGAGCUGAUGACUUGUUGCAUCAAAGAGUGUGUGAAACAACUAAAUAUGAGGCACCUUGUGUCCAUCAGUAUGGAUGGCCCCAAUGUCAACUUAAAGUUGGUAGAUCUUCUCCAGAAAGAGCAGGUGGAGCUCUAUGGAGGUGCUCAGCUUGUCCUUGUUGAAAGCUGUGGUCUUCACACCCUCCACAAUGCAGUAAAGGCAGGCUUUACAAUGUGGCAGCUGGAAAAGCUCCUGAGAGCAAUGCAUUUCCUCUUUCAUAAUGUUCCUGCUAGAAGAGAGGACUUCACUAGCCUGACUGGAUCCUCCUGAUUUCCACUACCUUUCUGCGGCCACAGAUGGAUUGAAAAUGUCCCUGUACCAGAGAGAGCAGUUGAGGUUUGGCCAAUGCUACUAAUUUAUGUUGAUGCUGUCAAGAAGAAGAAGAUCCCAAACCCUGCCACUACCUCUUAUGACACUAUUGUGGCAGCACAAGAGGAUCCACUCAUCGUAGCCAAGCUGCAGUUCUUCCUGGCGAUUUCCAGGACCUUCAACCCCUUCUUGACAAAAUUCCAAACCGAUGAACCAGUGUUGCCCUUCUUGGCCAAAGAUUUGGCUGAUCUGUUGAAGAGUCUACUGAGGCGGUUUGUGAAGAGGGAGCUCCUACAGGACCUCACCCCCCUGAAGCUGACCAAAGUUGAUGUAUCUGAUGAGGAAAACUGGGUCUCCCCUAUGCAUGCUGAGAUAGGCCUGGGUGCUGAAACUGUCAUCAAGGCACUUCAGAGCAAAUCAGGAAGCAGGGUAGGUGAGCUUUCUGUCCUCACCUUCAGGAGAGAGUGUAUGCAGGGCCUGGUUAACAUGGUUAGGAAACUGCAGGAGAAAAGCCCCCUGAAAUUUCCAGUGGUCAGGCACAUCGCAUGUUUGGAUCCCACAAAGAUGAACAGAGAUCCAGAGUGGUGCAUUGCAAAGAUGAAGAGCAUAGUCCAAACAUUCCUGCAGGGCAAGCAGUUGGCAGGAGGCGUGUCAGCUGGUGAUGUGAUCAUCCAACAGUUCGAGAGCCUUCUCUCAGCUGAGGGUAGAGAUGAGCAUUUCCUCUACUUUCAACCACUGGAGCAGCGGCUUGAUGUGUUCCUGCACUCAACACUCAGCAAGUCCUACCCUGAGCUGUUAAGGUCUGUCAGAGCCUUCUACUUCUGUCCCAUGGACAAGCCACAGUAGAGAGAGGGUUCUCCAUCAACAAGGAGAAGAAGAAUCAGUGGAGGCUCAAAGGUUGAUUUGCGAUCAGGUCAGUGUCUGUGGAGGCAUUCUGAAGGUACCUCUCACCAAGGAGCUCCUUACUUCUGCAGCAUCUGCAAGGUCACAGUACAGGAUUUACUUGGAACAACAGCGGAGAGAAGAGAGAGAGUGCAACACUGGCUCUCAAGAGGAAAGUGGUUGAAGAUCACCUAGAAGAGCUGAAAAAGAAAGAAAAGAUGCGGAUCAACUUGCAGAGCAGGCAGAAGGAAAAUCUGGAUCAUUAAUGGCUCAGCUGAUCACAAAAUCCAACACCCUCAGGAGGAGACACAAAGAAAAACUCACUGAGCUGGUGCAAACUGAAAAGUUGUUGGAAUGAAAAGCACCUGAAUUGAGGCAAAUGCCAUAAAUCUUGUGUCUGUAAGGAAGGAGACCCCACACAGCUCACCAUUUCUAUCAGAUACUACCGUUAUGCAAGUUCAAAGUUUACAUGAGUACAUGUAAAUAUGUACAUGAGUUCUGAAAAGCAUUCAUGUCAUGCACUCAUUUCAUGAGCGUGUGUGCGUAGGUGUGUCACAGUUAUUGCUUUUUUUUCUUAUAUAUUACCAUUCUCCAAGGUCAAAUAUAUACUUGUAAUUUAUUUCAUUAGAUGGUUAUUGCUUUUUAAUAAACCUUGGCUCACUUAAUAUA